CCAAAACCGUCUCUUCCUCCUCCUUCGCCUUCUUCUCCCUUGGUUUUUCCCUCGUGACAUCACGGACACCAGCGGCGAUCCAUCGGCGAUCCACCGCGCGCGCUUCGAUCGGCGACCGCCUCAGUUAGUUAGUUAAGUUUCCAUGGCGGGGAGGCCCAGCAUCCCGACCAACAGCUCCGCUCUCAUCGCCAUCAUCGCCGACGAGGACACGGUCACUGGGUUUUUGUUGGCUGGAGUUGGCAAUGUUGAUCUGAGGAAAAAGACAAAUUACCUUAUUGUUGAUAACAAAACAACAGUCAAACAAAUCGAAGAUGCAUUUAAGGAAUUCACUACAAGGGAGGACAUUGCAAUUGUUCUCAUCAGCCAAUAUGUUGCGAACAUGAUAAGGUUCCUGGUGGAUAGCUACAACAGGCCCGUUCCUGCUAUAUUGGAGAUCCCAUCCAAGGAUCAUCCGUAUGACCCAGCACACGAUUCUGUUCUUUCUCGCGUGAAGUACCUGUUUUCUGCUGAAUCGGUGGCAUCAGAUAGGCGAUAAAAACUGUUUGUGUUAUGCAACAUGGGCAUCCUACUUUGUGUGUAACAUUUACCCUUUGAAACUGCUCAAUUUAUGCCUAUUAUUGUAAACUCCAUUUUUGUGUGAAUAAUGAGAGGGACGAUCGGGCAGAUGAACUACAACAAAAUAAAGACACGAUGAAUUCAUGUAGCUCCUUUUGUGUAUGACUCUGGUGUUCACAAACGGACAUAUUGUAUGUCGAUGUUGAUAAACGAUGAUUUUCAUUUGUGGUAA